ACUUAAAAAAUACUAGAAUUAUUUUACUGGUAAAUGAACGAGAUGUGGUAACUACUAGUGUGUGAGAGGCGGGGCCGCGAGCGCUCACGUUCGGCCAGUGCUGCCGGGGAUGGCAGAGAACAACAAUGUGCUGGAGGAGGAUGCGGCACGUGCCCUCACCAAGCUUCGUCUCCUGUGCACGAAAAUGGUUCAGGACGCGAGAGACGCGGGCGUCACCACGGAAGAGAUUAAAGCCGCAUAUAUGGUGAUGAAGUACAAUGAGUUAGAUGAUAGUGUCAGUGAAGAUAAAAGCAAAUGCGGUGAGUCCACUAGAGUGGUGAGUGCCAAGCAGUGGCACUGGCACCAGUGGGCGGGUGUGGGGGCUCUGGUGGCGCUGCUGGUAGCUGUUAUACUGUGUUACUACGGUGAUUAUGUUAAAACCCAGCUGAUUACCUCCAAAUGCUUGGUCCGAAAUAAUUAUAUUGUAAUGGAAGCCACUCGGCCACGCACCAAGUGCGGGCGUGUGUGCAGCGGUGUGGGCGGUGUCCUGGAGCUAAGUGCCAAUAUUUCGCGGGAGGAGUUUGAACGGUGGGCGUACCUCUCAAGGCCGCUGGUGGUGAGGGGAGGUGCCGCCCACUGGCUAGCCCUUGACAAGUUUUCCGUGGGCUUCCUGCGGAGUUUAUACGAUAGUAUUGAGGGAUCCUAUGAGGCUGUCGCUGAGGAUUGCCAGUUCCUGCCCUUCCGCAGUGAGUUUCUUGACCUAAGGACAGCCCUUGCCAUGCAUCCUGCCCGCGCCGCCGGCCGCCCUGGCACCAAACACUGGUAUUUUGGCUGGAGUAACUGUUCCCCGGGAGUGAGCAGCGUCUUGAGGCAGCUAGCUCCCCGCCCUUCCUUCCUCCCGGCCCUCUCGGAGUCCUCAGCGCUGGACUGGAUAUUCAUGGGGUGUCCGGGACCGGGGGCUGCCUGGCACCUAGACUAUGUGCAGCGGCCGUCCUGGCAGGCGCAGAUAAGAGGCACUAAGACGUGGUACUUGAGGCCCGUGCCCGAGUGCCAUUCCCAGUGCCAGCCCUUCAACGUCACCGUAUAUAGAGGCGAUAUUAUAUUCUUGGACACCAAUCAGUGGUACCACACGACCCACAUCCACGAGGGCGGCCUAUCCAUCACCCUAGGCUCCGAGUACGACUGAGGAGUAAGCAGGCAGUCGAGGCGAUCCCUGCCUUGGUAAACGGGUCCUUGAAAUGUUUGUUGCCCGUGAUGAUAGGGGAUGAAUAGCUUCGUUUAGAGAGAGAGAGAGAGAGAGAGAGAGAGAGAGAGAGAGAGAGAGAGAGAGAGAGAGAGAGAGAGAGAGAGAGAGAGAGAAAUUAGGUCUAUUGUUCUUAUAUAUGUAAAGUUUUUGGUUUAUAACACACCCGCCCCGCACCAGCAAAGCCUGCAAAGUACGUCCAUGUCUUAAUAUUAUAUCCUCUUUGGACACUUCAUAGAAACUUUAAGAAAUUGAUUUGAAGGUGGGAUAACUCGGCCGUGAAAAGGUAAUCAACGGGAAUAGAACUGUGGCAGGCAAAACACUCACGGGAAACACAUUUAUCGUGAGUGGCCUGCCAAAGACUCGAUCUCUGUUGAAUACCUCAUCUUCUUGCACUCACUUAAGGAGGUGGUUGUAGGAGCUCUGUUCAGUCAGUGACGGUUAUUAGACCACUGUGAGCAUUUUACAGAAUCAUUGUUGCUUGUUUGUUGCCAAAACUGCGCAUCAUGUGGAGAAUCAACGGUUCUUGUCAUGGUGCAGAUAUUUGCAUGUUCACCUACAUGAUAAUUCUUGCCAUGAGUUAUAAGCGUGAUUGGUAAAUAAUUUGCUUGGUGACAGAAAGAAACCAGGAAAAGAAGCUCGCCGACCCACUGCCUGAGUAUUGCAUGCAGACAUAGAAUAAUUCAUUGAGGAGUUAGCAGAAAAGGAAAUAUUACGUGAAUAACCUUGAGAGGCAGCGAGGGUGGUGUCAUGCAUUAUACUCCAGACCUUCUAUGUGAAGGCAAGGCCCGAGGACACUGUGAAUCCAGGUAGCCGUAGAAGACUGGACUCGCUGCCUAAGUUCUUAUCUUUCCCAUUAUUAGUUGAUGCGAGUAAAGAUUGUAUUUACCUGGGGAAGUCUUGUGCCAAAGUUAAGAUGUCAGUCUGUUCUUCAGCCCACGGCUUUAGCCCAGAAAAAGAACCGCUGCAAAGGCUUAUCCCAUCAUCAUUACUGGACUGGACUGGACAAUAGAGAAAAGAAGGGGUCCAUAAAUCUCGGUUCCGUCAGUGUGGCAGGACCUGUGUUCAUGUCUGAGGCUGAGUGACUGCAUCUUUCAUGGCGGUGCAGAUCGAUCCUCCCUCGCACUUACAAAUAUGUCUCUUGUUACCAAACGCUGUCAUCUUCCCUCCACAAUACAGCGUCUGAACCCGCCCCUGUAUAGCAGAGAUAUACACGAGUGGAUCCCUUCCGUACCUUUACACAUUUCAUUCCCUAUGUAUGCAUUUUUACAUAUUACUUAUAUUUUAUGAUCGGAUCGUCUUGUUUUUUUUUUUUUUUUUUUUAUAAUACAUAGGUUAGGACAGCGGUGAAGAGAACACUGGAUGAGAAAUUAGAACUUCAUAACACUACCCUGAAGAAUUUCAUGGGGUGAAGCUAGUCAGGAAUAAAGUACUCAUUUAUCAUCCCAUGUUCCCUUUACCACAAUCCAAACAAAAUAACACAAAGGAAGAACAAGCAUAUUAUUUUUUGGCCCUUACGAAGCUGCUUGUUCUUGUAACAGUAUCGACACAAAAUAGAUCAUUCUCUAAAGUGCGAGUAUUUUCAUCUGGUGACCGUAGUAUUUUUGUACUGUCAUAAAAAAAAGUAUGGUAAUUUUCGUGUCUUGUCGUAACGGAUGGACUCGUACUCAAGCAUUCAAACGUUUCGGCGUCUUAUCUCAACUAUUUUUAACAGGCUCUAGUUAAAUUUUAAAGUUCCCAAAGGUUUCUUCUCUCUCUCUCUCUCUCUCUCUCUCUCUCUCUCUCUCUCUCUCUCUCUCUCUCUCUCUCUCUCUCUCUCUCUCUCUGUCUCUUUUUUUUUUUUUUCUUUUUUUUUUUCUCCGCCGUCAUCCUUUUUUCAAGAUCCUAGUGAUAAUUAAGAGGUGUUUUGUCUCAUCAAUGGGAACAACACCCAUGGGAAUCCAACUAUACUAUGAGUACUAUGAGAACCUAGAAUGUUUCAGUAUUGGGAGUAGAAUGCAUAAGUUCAGUCUUAUUCGUAUUUCUUUCUCUUCAUCACUGCUGCGUGUCGUAAUGUUUUUAUUCCUGUAUAUUUUUAACACUGCUAUGGGCGCGUCCUUACCCUCCAUAGCAGUGUGAAAAGUGCAUGCAGACACAGGAGACAAAAGAGAGAAUUGGAGAUUAACUCUCUCUCUCUCUCUCUCUCUCUCUCUCUCUCUCUCUCUCUCUCUCUCUCUCUCUCUCUCUCUCUCUCUCUCUCUCUCUCUCUCUAAAUCUCACAUAAAUAUUCAAGUAAGAGAGUUUAUCAUAAAAAUAAGUGUCAAAAAGAAAACAAAAAUACUGUUGAUUAAAGGAAAAAUUGUGUUAACGUCUUUCGUCUUAAGAUAUCCGUGAGUACAGCGUGCCAGGUUCUCUGUCUACCAGUCUGUCCUCGUUGCUGCGCGCCGUGAUGUUCUUACCACCUGUCUGUCGCCUUACGGAACUGACGUGACUGCGCAUGCAACGAUCUUACAUCCUGGUUAACUGACGGACUGACUGACUGCUCGCAACCGUGUGCUAGGGUAGAAGAGGAGGCGUGGCGUGCACACUCAAGGAUUCCCUGUUCUGCAACGCCACCACUAAAAGUUUCCGUGUGUGUGUGUGUGUGUGUGUGUGUGUGUGUGUGUGUGUGUGUGUUCCUACUUUAUUGUUUAUUCGGGCUUAUUGUUUUAUUUUAGGAUUACCUCAAUUUCACUUUGUUCCGUCAUUCAAUACUGUUUUUUUUUUCUUCGUUUUACUUCAAAUCAUAUUUUUUACUACUGUACUUGCAAAUGUUUUCUGUGAAAAAAGGACUCCUUCCUGUCAUGCAUUCCACCAACAUAUAUUGCUCUGUUCUUAUCUGGGAAAGUUUAAUUAUCUCAACUUGUUUUGUAGACUUUUCUUAGGUAAUUUCUUGCUGUAUGCUCAUGAUGGUGACGGUCAAGGUACGGUUAUAGAUAAUAUUAAUCAUUUCCUAAUCUUCGGUACAUUUAUGCAGCAUGUCUCAUCAGUCCAUCCUCUAAUGUUGGGAAUUUUAGUUUAUUAAAUGUGUGUGUGUGUGUGUGUGAGAGAGAGAGAGAGAGAGAGAGAGAGAGAGAGAGAGAGAGAGAGAGAGAGAGUCGUGCGUCAAAGUUACCUCUUACACAUGACCUGCCACCAUGUUGAUUCAAUGGUUCCUGCCUAGGCGGUCACCCCAUGGGUCUCCUGAGGUGCAAUUAUAGUAUUGUUACUCUAUAUAUCCGUGUACUUAUGAUUGUAUGUAUUCGUAAAGACAUAUAGUUAUUUACAUAGAAUAUAAUCCAACGUAAAAUGCAUCUAUAACACAAUAUUUAUUUAUCAGAGUAGAUAUUAAAAGAUAUGUAUUUGUGUGUAUGUACGUACAUGUAUGUAUUCUUGGUAUAUAUGUAUACGUGAAUAUUUCUAUGUAUAGAGCGUAGUAAGUGUCCCUGUUAUGUGGCGUAACACGUUAAUUAAAUGUGUUAUUAGGCACGAUAAACAUCGAGAGAGAGAGAGAGAGAGAGAGAGAGAGAGAGAGAGAGAGAGCGGUGGGGGGGGGAGUGGAUCGAUACAUGAAACAGUUUGCUCUUGUGAUAACCGGCUGUACUGAACACUAAACACAAUCACCACUCAUUAUUUCAGGCUGUUGUGAUUCCGGAUAGGACACGAUGCUACAUGAAACACAAAAAUGAAUAAUGGUAAUUAUUAUUGGAUGCAGUACAAGUUGAAUAAUCAGUAUGUUUGACAAUGAGCUUUAAAAUAAUGUCCGUUCUUCCAGAGUGUGCGAGGCGAGUCCAGUGCCUUGUAUAUACUACAUAUUUUUUACUACGUGGAAUAAUAUAUUUGAUAGCUGAAA